ACAACCUGCAUGAGCAGCGUGGACACAUGUCUGGGGAGCCCCUGAUGGUGCGAUUCAUGCAAAGUAUGAAUACUUCAGCUGUGCAGUGUGCAGAAGAGAUGUCCUCACAAGUAAGCCUGAGACUGCUGCCCAGUGCCAAGUGUCUGUUUGAUGAACCCAUUCAGGUGAAGGUGACCGGGCUGAGCCCAAGGCAGGUUGUCACCAUGAGAGCCAGAUUAAUUGAUGAGAAAGGAGCGGUGUUCAGCUCCUCGGCCACCUACAGGGCUGACGGUAGUGGGAUCGACCUGGACAGAGACCCCUCGCUUGGUGGGAGCUAUGUUGGAGUAGAACCUAUGGGUCUGCUGUGGUCCAUGUGCACAGAGACCUUGCCCAAAAUGUUUCAAAAAACAAAUUCCAUGAAUCCUCAGAUUGUGACCUUUUCUGUACAUGAUGAGGGCAACAGGGUGCUGGCAGAGAUGAUGAAUGAGUGGUUUCUAAUGGGAGACGGGGUCAGCCGGGUCUUCGUCAAAGAGGGGAACAUUAGAGGAGUCCUGUUCACUCCUCCAGGAGAAGGUCCUUUUCCUGCUGUGUUGGAUGUGUCCAUUUCAAAGUCUGAGAUAAGAGCCUGUCUACUGGCCAACAAAGGUUUUGUGGUCUUCAUGGUGGAUUUGUACAAUGACAAGGCUUUUAAUGGCAAAGAGAUGCAGCUGGACUACUUUGAAGAAGCAAUGGAUUUCUUAAAACUGCAAGCUAAGGUGGGCAGUAAAGGAGUUGGUAUAAUGGCAAAUUCAAGGGGAGCCAUUAUCGGGCUCUCGCUUGCUGCAUUUGUGCCAGGUGUCAAGGCUGUAGUAUGCAUCAAUGGCCACAAUACAAACAGUAGUGUUGUUGUCUGCUACAAGAAACAGGAGGUCCUCUCAACAUUAAUUUUUGACUACAUCAAGCUGAUUAACCCAGACUCAUUUUUUGUUAUUGGAAGGUACAUGUUUAAAAAUCCCCUGGCAGAGAAGCUUAAGGCAAGCACGGUCCCCAUUGAAAGAGCCAAGGGACAUUUCCUCUUUGCAGCUUCAGAGGAUGACCUCCACUGGGUUAGCAAGGCCCACAUGGAUGGGAUGGUGGAGAGACUCCAGUGUCAUGGGAAGGAGAACUUUGAGUGCUCUUACCCAGGAGCUGGACAUUUGCUGGAGCCGCCUUACAGACCCUUCUGCCCAUCCAGCUUCCAGGGGGCUGAAGGCACACCGGUCAUGAUGGGGGGUGAGCCCAAGUCCCACGCAGCAGCUGAGGUCCACCUGUGGAAGAAGAUUCAAGAUUUCUUCAGGACUCGCCUGAGUUGCAACACUGAACAGAUUCAAGCCAAGUUAUAGGUUCAACUGACAAAAAAAAUUUGAUUGCCAAUAAACCCUUGCAUAACUAGCAUCACAUGACUGCAUUGCUUUAUCACUGCUUUCAUGUACUGAAAAAGGUUUUAUCAUAAACCUUGAAGCUAAUGAAUCUGCAUACCCUCACACCCCACUUUCUCACAGCAAAUUAAACAGGCUGACAGACAUCACCUUCACCUGCAAGCUUACAUGCUAGCUGCAAGCUGAAGGCACACACUGAACCUUUACUGACUGACACCCGUGUGAUUUUGUAGA